AGGCUCUCACUGUUUAGAUGUUUCAUUCAAUUUGAAGCUGCUCUUGUUAAAUUGUAUUUAAAUUGAUAAAAGUGUUAAUGUUUGACAAACUCAACGAAGAUUGCUGGCUUACCAUUCUCAAGUAUGUGAAGCUAUGCGAUCAACUGGCACUGGCGCAAAUUUCCAGGAGCCUGCAGUGCACUGUCCGAUAUCAUUGGCAGCACCUCAAGGAGGCCCACUUGGACCGUGAUGUGCUGGAGCGCUUUGAGCAGCAUCCAAAUGAAAUGCAGGAGUUCCUUCAGCUCGCCAGUGGAUCACUGCAGCAUUUGAUACUGAAACAAGCCAGUAUAGCCCUGCUAAAGUCAUGGAAAUCUUAUAGAUUUCCUAAAUUGGUUAGCCUCAGCUGUGACUUGUGCUUUACCAGCCAAGAAGCGGCCGACGAGGAGACCUUGUUGCUGACCGAACUGUUUCCACAUUUGACCAAACUGACGCUGCUGAGCAGCACCAGUGGUAGGCAUCUAUGGACUUGGGACAAGCUCGAGGAGUUGCAUUUGAUGUGCUGCGAAUCGUUGGAUACGUCAACCUUUGAGCAGAUAUUUAGCUCGAUGCCAUUACGCAAACUCACACUUCUAUUUUAUGGUUACAGUGUUAAUCUCGGCGAGGGCGUUCUGCCCGUCUCAAAAUGCGCUACGCUAGAGGAGCUUGUUAUAGACGAUCACCACUUGCUGGGCGCUUUCCUGCCCAACUUGCUGCAGUUGCCCAGGUUCCGUCGACUGGCCUUCUACACCCGUGACUAUUACGAGGGGCUGCUUCUAACUGUGGCCAAGUUACGGCCGCUCAAGGUGAAAUCGCUGCUGUUCAAUGAUGCCUUCUGGAGCAGCUCUCGUGUGAGCGAUGGGAUUAUGCGCAUGUCGAAUCUGCGUUGUCUGGCGUUGUACGAUGACGAUAUUGGGACGAAAGAGCUGUACAACAUUUGCGCCAGACUGCCGCAAUUGGAGGAGUUGCAUUUGAUGAAAAUGCGCGCAUUGCCCACGCCCACACAGCUCUGGGACAUAGUAGCCGCAUGCGAGACUUUAAAGGUCCUAAACUUAUCUAGUAGCCAGCUGGACAAACAGUUUUUGGAUCUGAGCGCCACAUGUCUGGAUAGAGUGUUAAAGAAGCGGAGUGCAUCCUCGACUCUUACUCUACACCUCCACAACACUGUCCUUGAUCGCAGCCCGAGUAAGGUCUUCCCAGAACUCAAUCAUCAGAAUCUGAAUAUUUCUUUUGAGGCAAUCGAUUUAAAUAUUUGGAGUUCGCGAUUUGUAGAAAUUGUUUUUAACGCGUCUGUAGAUUAAGUGUAGCAUAUUUCAAAAUUAAA